GAGAUCUAGAGAGACAAAGCUAAAGAACAAUGAUUGCUGUCCUGCUCUUAUUCUCUCUGCUCACAUCUGUGCUUGCCUGGGUGCCCAUAGAACACUGGGGUGCAGCUAAUGUGACACAAGGAGUGGACGAGAAUGGCCAGUGUAUCUGUCAAGUGUUCCUGCCAGACACAACCUUCCCAGCUGACAAAGUGGAACAUCUGCAACAGACAUCGAAAGUGCUUGGCCAGACUGUGGAGCUGGAAAUGAGCAAGCUCGAAGUCUAUGAAAGCAAACUGGUCAUCUACUCUGAAAAGCUGGUCAACCUGACUGCGCGCUUGGAGUUCAUCGAGAGCAGACCCGACAAGUACACAAAGCUGGAGUUCGAGCUGCUCAAGAUCGAACUCAAGCAGAUGGAAGUGCUGGUCACCCAGCUGAAGGCUUCUCUGAAUUCUUCCUCUCCCAUAUUUGACAUGCUGUAUGCAGAGAUCUACAACAUGACAAUAGUUGUGAAUCAGCUGGAGAGCUAUGACAAGAACAACCUGCUUGUGAUCCGUUAUGAGUUCACCAAACUCCAGCAGAAACUUGAGGAGUGUAAGAGGUGGCACAAUGAGACUUUUAAGCCUGACAUUGGAUCCUGUAAGCAUGGGGGCAUUAGAAACCUCAGCAUGCCAUUUAUAGUCCAGCUAAACGAUCACGACAGUACAAGUUACACAUUUGGAGGAUGGGGAAGAGACUCCAAGCCUCUGCCUGGCUUUGAGAAGAUGUACUGGUAUUCUGGAUAUACCUCCAGCUACAUGUACAACCUGUACCUCUACUCCGACUACACUAACCUGGUUUUAGGCAAUUCUUUUAAAAGCUUUUAUUAUAGUGAUUCUAACACAAACAGGGGGAAUGGGAAUAAUUAUAUAAUGCACGGAAACUACUUGUACUAUAACUGCUACAGUAGCAGAAAUAUGUGCAGAAUGAAUGCAACUACUAUGACGUCAGAGUCCAGAGUCCUACCUGAUGCAGCUUAUAACAACAGGUUCUCUUACAGCGCUACUCAGUACCAGGAUUUUGACUUUUCAGCUGAUGAGAAUGGACUGUGGGUGAUUUACGCAACGGAAGCGAGUAGGGGUAACAUGAUGAUCGCCAAAAUUGAUGUAAACGCUUUUGCUGUAGAGCAGACAUGGGAAACAAAGAUGUUCAAGCGGUCGGUGAGCAAUGCCUUCAUGGUGUGUGGGGUUCUGUAUGCCACCCGACCAAUUAACAUUAACACGGAGGAGAUAUUCUAUAAAUACGACACCAAGACUGGUGUGGAGAGUUAUAUCAGCAUUCCCUUCAAUAAGAAAUACGAAGAAUUUUUAAAUCUUCACUACAACCCUAUAGAUCAAAAACUGUACAUGUAUAACAAUGGCUACUAUGUGUUUUACAAUGUUAACUUCCAGAAAGUCUGAAUGCUGUUUUAAGAGAAGAUAAAUACAUUUCUUUUCUGAAAUACAAUAUUUAGGUGACCACAUUGCUGUUUGUAUACCCAUAAAGAGAAGGCAGCACACAUGAAUUGUACCUAUUGAUAGUUAUUUAAAAACAUACUUACAAUGCAACAAAAACCACUGUGUUUAUCCGUAAGGGAAUAAAAGCAAAUAUUAUUCAAGCAUCAAA